CCGUUUGCAGCUUCAUUUGGGAUGUGUACAUUGUAAGCACAAGACUAGCGUGUUCCUUCAACGUAGAUCUUUUGUUGCGUUGAUAAUUGGGAGUAACGGCAGGUAAUAAGUAAUAUUUCACUUUUUAUCCCAAGUCCAGGAAACUUACAAUAGUAUUUCAUAGAAAUCUUAUGUAAAAGAAGUGUGGUUUUUAAGUCAGGUCUAGGAUAACUUGUCUAUUAAAAGAUAUUAGGCCUACGUAUCAUACAUUUUAUGACGUCUUUGAUGAUGUAAUGCAACUUGCAUGGAGUAAUAUAGGCAACCUACCUCGGUGAUAUCAAUUUAGUACCCUCAAAACUACAUACCUAAAGCACAUUCCCCGCAUAAAAGAAGCUACUGUAAACCUAAAGAAAAAUUCGUCACUAGGCUAGCUCCUCCCCGCUAGCGUCGUGGGAGACUUCUCUAAAUAGCGUUCUUUAUGGUAACAGCCAAGCAAAGUUGAGCAGGUCGACACACGAUGGCAGCACUGACAGACAUGGAGAACUUCAACCCUUUUAGUUCGCUGCAGAAAGGAAGUUCAGUGCUUCUUAACGUGUUCCAGCGAGCUGAUUUCAAUGGAGAUGGUGUUCUGUCCAGAGAUGAGUUUUUCAAUUUUUUCUGGGAUGGCAUUCUGACAGAAAGCGAACUUGAGGAUGUGUUUGAGGAAUUCAACUCCCAUAAUACCGGCACCAUUGAUGCCGGAGAAUUGUGUUAUGGGUUGCUACGUCAUCUAGGUCCCUUUUCUCAGAUUUUGGCAGCUUUGGAAGAAUUGAGCUCAACAGUUAGUGAAACUCUAAGGAAAUUGCAAGAGAAGUAUGACGGCUCAACAUGGAAAGGACAGUUUGCUUCGAGGUUUUUACUCCGAGAAACACAGCACCAGGUGACACUAGUUUCCCAACUCGUUGAGAAAACUGCAGCCAAGCUUGAAGAGGAUUGUAUUUCUGUUAUUGACAGGGAAUACCCACCCAUAAAAAACGAUAGAAAGCCUAGGGUUUGCCCAACCGUACGACCUCCUGUGCGAUUGAAGAAACAAAUGGUUACCCAGACGUCACUCCAUCUAGAAGAUACCAGUCAUGAUCUGACUGCUCAAGUUAGAAAAUUGGAACGUUUAGUUCAUCAGCUGGAAAAUCAGCCUCGCCUUAAAAAGGUUGCAGAAGCAGAAAUGGAAGAGACAGAAAAUAAGCUGCUCUUUCUCGUCCAGCAGUCGUUCCCUGUAGAAGACAGUAAUAUAGACGAAUUCAGGAAAUAUCUCCAGUCUUAUGCUGAAUUUACUCGUUCUACCAAAGGUUCCAGGAAUGUUUGUGUGCGUUGGUUUGAAGAAGAUUCAAGCUAUGUUGUGUAUGAGAUAUGGGACAGCGAAGACAGUUGGAUUAAACACCUGAAGACUGAAACCUAUAGGUCUUUGCAGCAUCAUUGUGUUGACCAUUUACGAAAACUCGCGUAUUUCAAUAGCAUGGAACUACCUGCCUCCUGGUGGGAGAAUGGUAAAGAAGAAGAAGAGCCGUGUUGAAAAAGCAGAACAGAAUACAUUUUAUAAAGAACACGUUAAUACGUCAUAUUUAUGUGCAUCUUUUGGAAAAAAUUGGAAAUAAUAUUCUGUAAAUCGAUUUAAACAGAAAUUAUAUAAAUUUAGACAACUAAAAUGAUAAUAAUUCUACACUAGAAAUCACUAACUUAAUAGUAUAAGUUUAGGUUCUGCUAUUUAUACGUAUUGGUGAAAAUUUUUCAAAUAAUCAGGUUUAAAUUAGCUCACAGUAACAAUGUUAAUUUAGGACCGUAUUAACAUAUUUUUACAUAACAUUAAUAAAGCCAAUGCCUGCCAAAUUGUUUUUCCUGAUGUAAUCUCUUUUAACUCGGCUGUGUGAAAAGACGUACAUUUAAUAAAAAGGACGACGGCGUUUCGAUAAGUCACAGACUUGAUGUAUUAGUAUUGCUAAUAUUGAGACCAAUCCAAAUUGUUUAUAGCGUCAGCUAUUGACCAUUUUUGACGUUUCUUGUUAAAAUUUAAACUUUUACAUGGAAAUUUUAGAAACCAAUUCCAGACGUAAAUUAAUUUUUAUGUAACUUAUAUUUCUCUGCAAAUUUAAAUGCGAAUCUCUAAUUGUAAUAUCAGUUUAAAAAUAUAAAAAUAAUUAAUACGUGAUGAUAACCUCGACAUAGCUAUGACAAAUAGAUUAACAGAUCACAAAGUUUAAUAUAAAAUGUUAUUCUUUGAAACUAUUUGCACUGGGGACUUCAUGUUGGUGUGUUCCUCUUUUUCAUAAGUAUCACUCAAUCCUUCCUACAUUUGAUGUUUUCGCUUUUCUUCAUGCUGUUUUAGAAUGAAAAGCUACAAGUUUAUCUUCAGAGUUGAGGGUCGCGUCCGAGACAUGAACUUAGAUACAGACAUUCACCCCAUUUUGUCGUGUUUACACAUACUUGCCGACCUUUCUAACAGAAAAAUAGAAUAAAAAAAUAGGUAGGUCAGUGUCCUUGCUAGUAGGUUAGUCUGGGAGUAUCCCCACGUCCCGGAAAAUUGGUGUGUGUGUGAGGGGGGGAGGGGGAGUGAAAUGACGCAGUUUUCUACAUUCUAGGCCACAUAACUUCUGACAAGGUUUCAGUGGCUGCUCUCAUCAACUUCCGUGUGCCCCUUCUAUCCUUGAAAACAUAAUAUAUAAACAUCUUGACUGAUAUGUUGCAAAGCGGAAAAAUUACAAAAUCAUGGGGUUGGCAAGUAUGUUUACACAAAACUUGCCGUAUUCAAACUUGGAAAUAAUAUUCUGUAAAUCGAUUUAAACAGAAAUUAUAUGAAUUUAGACAACUAAAAUAAUAAUAAUUCUACACUAGAAAUCACUAACUUAAUAGUAUAAGUUUAGGUUCUGCUAUUUAUACGUAUUGGUGAAAAAUUUUCAAAUAAUCAGGUUUAAAUUAGCUCACAGUAACAAUGUUAAUUUAGGACCGUAUUAACAUACUUUUACAUAAUAUUAAUAUAGCAAGAAGGUUGGUAUAUGAAUUAUUAACCACCGUUGUUGUAUUUUCUUUUUAUCAUGAUGAAGCCAAUGGCUUUAAUAAAUAUGUUAAAUGUUACUGGGCAUGCUGUGUACAAAACGUAAUUUUUGUUUUAUCGUAUUCAAAAUAUUCAUUUGACAUUUUGAGAAAGUCUUUUCCUAACCACUACACUGCCAAAAACUACGAGGGUUAAAGCCUUGAUAUUUUUUCUUUUAGUUUUACGUUUAAUUCGGUGAAUCAUGUUUGAUAAUUUCUUAUGGAGUGUUCAGAAAUUAAACUUAUCUAAGGUAUGUGUUAUUAUCAAUGUUACUUUCUUUAGAUUAAAUGUGUAAUGUAGGUUUUCAAGUAUUUUGUUUUGAUCUGGCUUAAAAAAUAAACUACUUUAAAACACUU